AUCCACCACAGCCAAUUGAAGAGCUGCCACGUAGGACAAAGAUGGGUAUGAUAAUGCCAUCUCUCUAUUUUCCACCUCUCAAUCUCAUCCCCCGCUCUCUCUCUCUCGUCCUUCUCUCUCCCUUUCUUUCUCUCUCAUUCAACACUGAAACUUCAACAAAAGAAACUCUACUCGGUAGAACGACAAUGGCCUCUACUUCUGCCGUCUCCAUGUUUAUACCGUUAACUUACACGGCCCAAAAGAGGCUGCCAUGGCCGAGCUCCGACGCCUUCUUCAAGCCCUCACCAGUAAAGCCUUGGAAGGCAAUUGCUGCACCGAAACCCAUUGGAAAAUUCGAAGCCAAGGCUUCGUUGAAGGAGAAGGCGGUGACAGGGUUAACAGCGGCAGCACUGACAGCUUCGAUGGUGGUUCCAGAGGUGGCGGAGGCUGCUGGGGGAGACCUUUCACCAUCCCUCAAGAACUUCUUGCUAAGCAUUGCAGCUGGUGGAGUGGUGCUUGGUGUAAUUGCUGGAGCAGUGGUUGGUGUUGCCAACUUUGACCCUGUCAAGCGGACCUGA